AUGGCUAACGCCUCUGCGAAACGUAUCGCAUCCCAGAAUGAAACCACAGUCAAGACCUUGAAGCUUGGCAUGAUUUUGCCAACCAUUACUUCCCUCGUGCUUCGCUUUCUAUUUCGAAGGAGCUCUCUACCGCCCUCAAAAGGAUCUGUAGUUAUUUAUAUCAUCACGUUCUUCCCUGGUUUCUUCCUCUCCAACUACUUGAUCAAGAACGGGACCCCAAGGCGAGAUCCCACUACUGGGACGUUGAUUUCUUACGGAGAGGACUUAAGCCAGCCUGGAGUCACAGAAUGGUGCUUUGACGUCCUAUACAUUACAUGGACAUGCCAAAUUGGCAGCGGUGCGUUCGGUGAAUGGUUUUGGUGGUUGUACCUGGUCAUACCGUUAUACGCUGUCUUCAAAUUGUGGACAUCAGUCAUUUCGCCUAUGGUCCUUGGAAGAGGCACUUCUACGCCGACCGAAGAUACACCUGAUAAGACUGCAACAAGCAAACGACAAGAAAAACUACGCAAGCGACAGGAGAAAGGCGAUCCUCGUGUGAGGGUACAAACGGGCAGGAAGUGA